GAUUAGUUCCCGGUAGCGGUACUCUUGUUUGGUUUUCUUAUACUAACUGGUGCUCAUACACUUUAUCUAUAUAGUUUUGUAUACUAUACAACAUUUAUGUUCUACCAUAAUAAUGUGUAUGUUAUUUAGUAACGUAAUAUAUAUUUAAUGUGUUAUCGGCGUUAACGUAGUAUGUACCAUCGUGUUGUUGUUAAUCGUUCUUCAUAAUGUUUAUAUUCUAAUAUGAACACUAUCUCUCGGGCGUUAAGUAUACCUAUUUAGUAUUUGUCAAUCCAUUGAUAUUAUAAAAAAAGUACCGGCACUUUUAUUCAAGUUUACUAUUUUUUCAUUUGCCGGUUUGACAUCUUGUUAGCUUCUUUUUCAUUACGUAUUCCACGUUAGUUAAAAUUUUUAUAUGUUGAACUACUUCUUUAGCAUACUACACAAAAGCCGAAUAAUUCUUCUUUUUUAUAUCACCUAAGCAAAUGUUUUGGAGUGUGUGUACUAGUAAUGAUAAUGAUCAAUGAACAUUAAAUAUGUGACUCGUUUAUCGUGUCAGACAUGCUUGAAACCAUAAUAUGAGCUCCGGACUUUUACUAAAAGGUGACAAGAGUGCUAUUGACGAUUGUGGUUACAAAUACUUAUCAUGUUCACUGCGCGUGUGAGCCAUGAAGGCGAAACUUUUCGUAUAUCAAGCGAAAUAGUUCAGCAAUCUAAUUUGUUUUUCCAUAGUGCUGUAUUUCGGUUACCAACCAGCGAUUCAAUUGACGUUGAUUUUGACGAAGCUAAUAUCAAUUUGAUAGAUAUACAAUUUGAUGUUAAUAUGGAUCCGAAUAGUGAAAAAUGUGGAGAAGCAAGGCUUGUUCCUAUGCCACAGUUUUUAAUCAACAAUCCGAAUAUAUCAAUCUUGCCAGCAAGAAAUCUUCAAAGCUCUAACACAUCUACUAAACCAUCUCCUGUAUCUUCAGUCAACAAAGUGUCACGAGGAACAUCUUCAUCUAUAUCUGAAGUUCCAGUAACUCAAGAACAAACUGUUAUUAAUGAUAAAAUAGUAUGUACAAUUCAGAAAAAUACUGAUCCAAAAGUUUCUUCCAAAAGAAAUAUAAGUGAUACAGUUGAUGAUAAACCAUUUAAAGUUCCAAGGCUCUCUGUUUCUAAGUUAUCGCAAAAAAAAGUCAAUAAGGUAAUUGAACAAAAAGUUGCACUAAAACCAAUUAAAACCACUAAAACUAGUACAAUGAAUGAUGCCACAAAGAAAUUGAGUUCUCCUACCAAAUUCUCCAACAUUCAAAUCAACAAGCAAUCAUUGCCUAAUUUAACUAAUCGAGUAGUUCCUCAUACUCCUACUAAGUCAACAGUUAAUUUAACUAGAGAUGUCUUAAAGAAUGCAGCUAGUUUGGAAAAUGAAAAAAAUGCAUGUGAAAAAAUAAAAACGUUUGAAGUAACUAUCAAUGGUUCAUUUAUGAAUCAAAGAAACAUAAAAAAAGAAGAAAAUAAAAUUACUGUUCAAUGUGAAAGUGAAGCAAUUUUAGUAUUAAAGAACAAUCAAAUUAUUGAUAUAUCAGAGCCCGAUUUAGUUGAUAAUUUACUACUUUGUAUUGGUGCAGGUAUAAAAAAAUAUGGUACUAAAGAAGCUUAUGAUACUGUAAAAGAAUCAAAUAUUAUCCAUUCUCCAGAGCACAAUUGGUCUUUGGAGUAUGGCAAUAAUUCUAAACAAAAUUCACCAAACUUAAACAAUAGGGUAAAUCAAGUCAACAAACAACAGUUACAACUCGUCAGCAACCAACACCCAUCAACAUCAAAAUCAUCUUUAAAUAAUCAAAUGUCAUUGUGUUCAAAAAUAGUUAAAACAAAUAUUGUUUCACAAAAAGUAGCACAGUCUCCCAAGCAUAAUGAUAUUAAAGUAAAUUCUUUGGGUAACAGCCAGUUUCAAACAUCAAAAACUUUUGUAUCAACAAUUCCUCAAGCUCCAAUUGUUUCUAAACAAGUUACUACUACCACUACUACAACUACUCAAUCAUCUCCAUCAAAACUAACUGUUCCUACAACUGGCACUGUACAACUUCCAAACAAAGGAACCGUUGGACAACAAUCGAGUAUAGAUAAAUCUAAACAAAUUGUAUUGAGUCAAUCUAUUACAUCAAAUUUAAACAAAUGUAGUAAAUGUGAGGCUAUAUCUGAUGAUGAUUUAUGUACUACUUGUCGCGUAUCUUCUCAUUUGAAAGGAGUAACUGUGACCAGAAUUGAAACUCCAGCAACACCUGUUUCAACUAAUGAUAGUUCAGUUAUAUUAUUAUCAUCUGAAGAUGAAGAAGAGGACUUAAACGAAAGUGAAGAAAUUUCAUUCUCAAUGGAACCAGUCAUUAAUAAAGUGGAGUCAGUUGAUGUCAUAAAUGAAUACAUUUCAAAAAUAAGUUUAAAUCCAAUGCAUUUGGAAGAUAAAUUAUCACAAACUGAAUAUAAUAUCAAAGAUGUUUUUAAGUUUGAAAAUUGCCGUUCUAUUCGUAUUGGAAACUUCAAAACCACUCCACACCAUGUAGGUGAAGUCAUUAUUUGUUUACAUGGUAUAAGGAUGGCAAUUAAUGAUUCAGAUUUCCGUCCAGUGACAAUAGAUUUGCAAAUGGAAAAUAUUGUUAAAAUAUUGGCAUUUUAUGGUGAAAAAAUGCCAACAAUUAUAAUAUACACAACAUAUUUAGCAUCUACUGGUAUUAGACAUCUAUUAGCUAUGAGUGAUAAUGACAAAAGUUAUUAUUAUGAUCCUACCAGCAAAGAUAACACAAUAAAAAAAAUCAUAUGGACUUUUGGAUUAAAAAAAAAUGAAGGAAUUCAUCUAGAAAAAUUAUUACAAAAAUUACCUAAAGGAAAAUAUGAGCCAAUGACAAUGGAUCAAGCUAAUGAGUUACUUGUAGCAUCUUGUGUACAACGUGAUAAUAAAAAAUAUAAAAAAAAAAUAGAAAAAAUUAGGAACACAGACUACAAUAAUACUGAGAUUAUAAACUUUAAUGUUGAUAAUAAUAAUUGUAGAGUUAGCAUCUUUGAUUAUACUGGUUUAAGUGUUGAUGAGUAUCUAAAUGAUGCAUUGGUUGAUUUUUAUCUAAAAUAUUGGUUUACAAGACAUGUAUCUGAAGAAGACAAAAAGCGAUCUUAUCUUUUUAGUACAUUUUUUUAUACAAGACUAACUACACCCAAAGGUGGAAUAGAUAAAGCUGAAUCAAAGGCACAAUGUCGCCAUGAACGUGUAAAGAAAUGGACCAAAAAUGUCAAUAUAUUUGAAAAAGAUUUUAUUUUUGUUCCCAUAAAUGAAAAUUAUCACUGGUAUUUGGCAGUAAUAUGCUAUCCAUAUCUCACUGGCCCAAUUAAUAUGGAAGAUGGAACACCUAUUGACAUUCCAGAUGAUGAAAUUGAUCAAUUUGAACCAAUUGACCGUCCACUUUCACCUUGCAUGGAAAAUACAGAUAGAGAUGAAGUGGAUGGAAAUUCAGAAGAUCUUAAAUAUUUUAAUAUUGACUAUGACUGUAUUAGUGAUAAUAGGAAUAGUUCUUCUUAUGAAGAGGAUGUUGAAGAGUUAAAAAAAAUGGAUCGGCCUUUGAUUAAACAGCCUUGCAUUUUAAUUUUUGACUCUCUGUAUGGUGGUACACACCGAGCUAAAAUUGUUGCUACGCUGCGUGAAUAUUUAGCAGAAGAGUACCAAGCAAAACAUAAUGGUGCUCGUAGAGUAUUUCCAAAGUCUAUAUUGAAAGGUGCUGCUGUUAAAGUUCCUCAACAAACAAAUUAUUUUGAUUGCGGGCUUUUUGUAUUACAUUUCUUUGAGAAAUUUUUUGAAUGUCCCAUUGUAGAUUUUAGUUUUCCAAUUUUACAUCUUCAAAAUUGGUUCUCUUGUGAUGAUGUAACAGGCAAUGCUAAAAAAAGAAAAGAUUUCCAGAAAAUAGUGCUUAAUAUAAUGAAUGAACAAGGACGUAAAGUUGAUCUACCAACUUUGAAAUUUGUUUCAUCUAGUAAUUCUAAUACUAUUGCGCACCACCGUGGUAUCCAUCAAUAUAAUCAUUAUUAUGAAGAAAUGGAUUAUGAAGAAAUGGACAGUGGUGAAGAAGAUUCUGAUAUUGAAGGUGAAGAUGAUGAAAUUUAUGAAGAAGAAUCUGAUGAAUACAUGGAGUCCAAUCUAUACCAUGAUUAUGCUGAAGAUGGUGAGGAAGAAGACUAUCAUGAUUAUAAAGGUACUGAUCCUAGAGAAUUUUAUGCAGAAAUGGAAGAGAAUGAUGAAUCAUUUACUGAAAAUGAUCAGUGGUCUGAAGUUCAAACAGAAGGAGAAGAAUUCCACAAUGAACGAGAAUAUAAUAGGGAAGAAUUAUCAGAUUAUCAAGUUAUUCCUGAAAGGAAUAUUAUAGUUGAUGAAGAUGAAUCUGAUGAUAGUUCAAGUAAUCAUAGAAAUAUUAGUCAGCAGAAUAGAGUACGUUCUGAAAAUGAUAACUUUAGAACCUACCAAGAAUCUGAAAAUGAACAUGAAAAUUUAUCACCAAGACAAAUUCAAAAGUCUCAACGUUUUAAUAAAAAAAAUUCUAAUUAGCAUUGCAUGUUCUAUUUUAAAGUAACGAAAACAAAAAAUUAUUGUUUCUUUUUAUUAUUACAUGUUCAUUUUUUACAAAAUAAAAGCAAUUUGCUUUCAAAUAAUGUACAUUUAAAGAAUUUUGAAGUAAGAACUAAACUAAACAACCAAUGAUAUAAAUAAAAUAAAAAAAAUUUUUUAAUUAUAUUGCCAUAACCUAAAAAUGAUUAAUACAUUUAUUUUUUACUGAUAAUUUUAUAUUUUUACUUCGACCGCAUUGUUAUGACACUUAUGUAUUAUAUGUAUAUAAUUGAAUGUGUUUUAAGAGU